AUGGGCUCCAUCGGUCCAGUGAGCACAGAAGUUUGCUGUGACAUAUUCAGGGAGCUGAGAACCCAGAGUGUCCAGGAGAACAUCUGCUAUUCCCCUCUGCUCAUCAUUUCAACCCUCUCCAUGAUCUACAUAGGUGCAAAAGAUAACACUAAGGCGCAGAUAGAAAAGGCUAUCCACUUUGAUAAAAUCCCAGGAUUUGGAGAGAGUGCUGAAUCUCAGUGCGGCACAUCUGUAAGCAUCCAUGCUUCACUUAAGGACAUCUUCACUCAAAUCACCAAACCAAGUGACAAUUAUUCAAUCAGCAUUGCCAGAAGACUUUAUGCUGAAGAGAGAUACCAAAUUCUGCCGGAAUACAUACAAUGUGUAAAGGAGCUGUAUAAGGGAGGUUUGGAAUCUAUCAGUUUUCAAACAGCUGCAGAAAAAUCCAUAGAGCUCAUCAAUUCCUGGGUUGAAAGUCAGACAAAUGGGACGAUCAAAAAUAUCCUUCAGCCAAGCUCUGUCAGUCCUCAAACUGACAUGGUCCUGGUCAGUGCCAUCUACUUCAAAGGACUGUGGGAGAAAGCAUUCAGGGAAGAAGACACCCAGACAGUUCCUUUCAGGAUUACUGAGCAAGAAAGCAAGCCUGUGCAGAUGAUGUCUCAGAUUGGUACAUUUAAAGUGGCAGAGAUACCUUCUGAGAAAUGUAGGAUCCUGGAGCUUCCAUAUGCCAGUGGGCGGCUGAGCCUGUGGGUGCUGUUGCCUGAUGACAUCUCUGGCCUGGAGCAGCUUGAGACCGCAAUCACCUUUGAAAAUCUCAAGGAGUGGACCAGUUCUAGUAAGAUGGAAGAGAAGAAAAUUAAAGUUUAUCUCCCCCGCAUGAAGAUUGAGGAGAAAUAUAAUCUCACAGCUGUCUUAAAAUCCUUGGGUAUCACCGACCUGUUCAGCUCAUCAGCCAAUCUCUCUGGCAUCUCUUCAGCAGAGAGCCUGCAGGUGUCUGGAGUGUUCCAUGAGGCAUUUGUGGAGAUCUAUGAAGCAGGCAGUAAGGCAGAAGGCUCAUCAGGAGCUAGGGUAGAUGACACAAGUGUCUCUGAAGAGAUUAGGGCUGACCACCCUUUCCUCUUCUUGAUCAAGCACAACCCAAGUGACAGCAUCUUGUUCUUUGGCAGAUGCUUUUCCCCUUAA